AUGUUCAAAAUUGUCGAAUUUGUUGAGUCACAUGAGGUGGAUCUGGUUCCAGCCAUUUUGCUGGAGAAUGGCCAGUGCUAUUUGCCUAAUUCACUGACGGACAGCUAUGAAGAGGGCAGAAGGAAGGCUAAAGAGGCAGAGCUGAUGGAUGAUGUGACACCGCUGCUGAGUUGUCAGACGUUCCGAAUUGCCCCCCAGCAAUCAUCAGAACCAGCCCUGCUGAGGGAGGUUUUAACAAAAUUAGAGAUGGUGCUGGACCAGCAAUCCACCAUCCUCAGAUUGUUGCAGCUGCGGGAAGACCAGGAACAUCUUUUGGACAUUGAGGAAGGUUUGCUGCCCCUGCAAGACCUUCCACGACUGCUCAGCCUCGAGCAAAGGAUUCAGCAGAGCCCAGAUUAUAAGCAAAAACCGAUAAACUGGUUGGGGCUUAUUGGUGGGGCGGACGUGCGCGACUGCACCUGGCGCAUAUUAAAGAGGUUGUUUGCCAACUCUCUGGCAAAGAACCUUAAUUGGAGAGGAGUCAAUGGAAAGACUUCAGUGGCCACUCUUCAACUCAGAGAGGUUGUGAUUGGAGACAUUCGGAGAAACCCCAUCACUGCUAAUGUCGCUGAAAUGGAGGUUGAAGGGACCAUAAGGAGGUGGCUCCAGCUGGCAGCUGAUCGAGAGGGCGGGCGCAAGAGACGGCUUUUGGAGAAGGCAGCUGUCUUAAGUGCGCUUGUAUCUCUGUCUGUGUUGAGGGGUGGGUGGGCAUGA